CGAGCAGUGAGCACAGGCUGGCCAGGGGCCGACAAGUGGUCACAGGCGAGCAGGGGGCUGUCCAGGGGCGGACAGGCUGGCUGGAGGCUGACCGGGGCCUUUGCUGCAUCCUGGCCCUGCCGGCCCCUGAUGCGUAGAUCCUCCAAGGCAGUAUCCCUGAGGCCCCUGCCAAGCACGUGACCGCUGGGCUGGCUCGGGCCUCGGCCCACACCAGGACUUGAUUCCCGCGCUGGACCUUAUCUCGGACACACACCCGUGCCUGGGGCAGAGCCACACCGCUGGCUAAUGAAGGGCGCGCGGGGCAGUCAGCCGGUGGUUCCCAGGCCAGGACCCCUCGUCCCAGCUUGUGUGUGUGUGUGUCUGUGUGUGUGCUGCAUGCGUGUGCAUGCAACCACGAGUGUGUGUGCAUAACAUGUGUCCGCAUGCGUGUGUAUGCUUCCUUAUGGGCGACCAUGUGUAUAUGUGUGUGUGUGCAUCCAUGCAGGUGACUGUGUGUAUGUGUGCUUGUGUGUGUGUGUGUGUGUGUGUGUGUGCGCGCGUGCGCGCGUGUGUGCAUCCGUGCAGGUGGCUGUGAGUGUUUCUGCCCGUGCCCCUGCACAGUCACCCGCAGACCCUCCUAGGUUAGCAGUGAGGCUCCCCUGCCGAUGCCCCUUCCAGAGCAGGAAGCCAGGAAGCGCGGGCAGCUGUCCCUGGGCCCCGUGGGAGCAGCAGGGAAGUCCUGCGUGUGGACUGGGAGGCGGCAGUGACCCAGAACCCUGCUGCCCUGAGAACCAAGAGGCCUGAGGUCAGGUGCAUGGGGAAGUGUCUCCUCUCCGUGGUCUGCCCUUCAGGACCAGCUCCCGUGGCUCUGGGGCACACUUCCCCAUAGACGGGGCCACUCUGGAGAGGCUCAGUGGGGCCCUGUCCCCGUACAGCUCAGCCAGCCAGCCCAGGCCUGUGCCCUGCUAAGGGCAGGGAAGCUGAUAGGCAGAACCCAGGGUGACAAGUGAGCCAGCCAGCCCUACUGGGCUGGGUUCUCGCCGAGUCAGAGUCCUUCCUGUCCCUCCAAUUGGUGCCCCCGUAUUGGCAGAGCCGGUCGGCCCAGUCUGGGCUUGGCUCACAGGCUUGUUUGUCCAGCAUCUGCCCUGCUGGUCCCUGGCUUUUCAGCCAGACCCUCUCUUCAGAGUGAGCCAGGGCUGGAGGGUCCUGCAGGGCCCGGCACGGGCUGGAAACUCAGCUGCUGCUCUCACUGGAUGAGAUGCGGCCGGCGCUGGUGACCAGCGUCCCACUGGCCCUAAAGACACACUGGUGUGUCUUUAACCCCGUAGUCGGCGCUGGGAGCUAGUGUGAUUAAGAAAUCACAGUUGGGUCAGGCGCUGUACGCAGGGUCAGCUGCUGGCCUUGCAAAGCAGUCAGCCCAGCCGGAUCCCCCCUCAAGCUGCAGAGAGUCCCCAGGGACUACCAGGGGUAGCCCCUGAGCAGCUCUUCCCCCCUCAAAAAUAGACAAACUUGUUCUCGCCUGGUGGCUAGCAUGACCAGACUGGUGCGACUAACAUCAGACCCAUCGGCCAGCCUGUUGUUGGUCCUCUGGUCCUGGGGCCUUGGAUCUGCCUCGCCCAGACCUUCCUGGACCGCCUGAGCCUUCACCUGCACCGAGUCAUCAGCCCGGGCUUAUGGGGCAGGGACCUCACCGCCUUUGCUGUUCCACAGCAGCUGGUACAGUCACGGCAGAACAGGAACUGGCUGGGUCUCAUGACUCGCUGUCAGAAAGCCGGGGAGAGAUUGCAGGGCUGGGGUGUGUGGAGGGGAACCCACCAGCCUAGGCUCCUCUGGUGCGGAUUUUGCGCUUGCUGCCUCGUGACCCCCCCCCCCCCCGAAGGCGACUCGGUGCAGAACCGUGUUGUUUCGUGAGGGAUCGUGUACUUGGAGCUGUGGCCACGGGGGCCAGAGCAGGGCUGAGACCACAGGGCUGGUGUCACAGCCCCCGGAGACAGAUGUGUGGCACUUGUGGCCUCAGUGGGAAGGGUGUGGGGCCCACUGCCAGGCAGGCGAGGGUGGAGACUGGUGUGGGACAGGAUGGCCCAGACAGGAAGUCGCCUCCUGGGCACAGGGCCGGGGAGAUGCCAGCUCUAGACGUCGGAGCUGCCCUCCUGGCCAGGCCCUCUGAGGACUGAGGUGCUGGCAGGGGCGUCCCCAGCCAAAAUGGCACCCGGAAGCAGAAGAAACACACAUCAGCCCAGACAUGCUGCUUUAGUCCACAUGCACCUUGAAGUGGACAGGAGUGACCAUGGUUGGUGGACGGAGCAGCUCCCGGUCACAAGUCUUGUGCGCAGGACAGAACGCACAGCGGCUGGAGUUCUGGGUGGGAGGCUGGAGGUGGGUGCAUGAGGCUCCCCUCCCCUCUUCACACUGACGGGACUGUCCUGGGCAGGAGAGAGCCAAAAGCCCCGUGUGGCCGUGGGUGCCCAUGGGGCACACGAUUGGGACCAUGAGCCUUUCCAGCGAUGGAGGGACGUCAGAGAACGUCUUUGACCUGGACUAUGCUUCCUGGAGAAUCCGAGCCACACUCGUGGCCGCCGGCUUUGCCUUUUACGUGGGUGUCUUCGUGGUCUGCCACCAGCUGUCCUCCUCCCUGAACGCCACCUACCGCGCGUUGAUGGCCAAGGAGAAGGUGUUCUGGGACCUGGCGGCCACUCGGGCUGUGUUUGGGGUGCAGAGCUCCGCGGCGGGCCUCUGGGCCCUGCUGGGGGACCCCGUGCUGCAGGCGGAUAAGGCGCGUGGCCAGCAGAACUGGUGCUGGUUCCACGUCACGACGGCCACCGGGUUCUUCCUGUUUGAAAAUGUCGCCGUGCACACGUCCAACUUCUUCUUCCGGACAUUCGACGUGUUUUUGGUGGUCCACCACCUCUUUGCCUUCCUGGGGUUUCUGGGCUCGGUGGUCAAUCUCCAAGCCGGCCACUACCUGGCCAUGACCACGCUGCUCCUGGAGAUGAGCACGCCCUUCACCUGCAUUUCCUGGAUGCUCUUAAAGGCCGGCUGGGCUGACUCCCGGCUCUGGAAGCUGAACCAGUGGCUGAUGAUCCACAUGUUCCACUGCCGCAUGGUGCUCACCUACCACAUGUGGUGGGUGUGCUUCGAGCACUGGGAGGGGCUGCGGCAGAGUCUGCACUGGCCGCACCUCACGCUCUUCCUCGUGGGGCUGGGCCUGCUCACGGCCGUGCUCAACCCCUACUGGACACACAAGAAGACCCAGCAGCUCCUCAACCCCGUGGACUGGAACUUCGCGCAGCCCGCGCCCAGCAGCGCCCGGCCCGACAGGACCAACGGCCAGCUGCUCUCCAGGAAGGAGGAGUAGCCAUACAGAGGACAGACGGGGCCCCUUGCCCACACGCUCACCGCGCCCACGGGGGCCAGGGGCGGGCCGGCCGUGAGAGCCGUGCUGGGCGCUUUGCUAGUAUUAAUUUCCCCGUAGCCUCAGAGUAUUUCUGAGCCCACGACCCGCCCUCCCAGGCCCCUGUGCGGCUGUGGUCAGCUGCCCCCAUUGGCUCCCGUGUGUGUCCCCAGCCGUGUCCUAUGGAGCCAGGGAGCCCGUGUCACUCUGUCCCUGCCUCCACCACAGCUCUCGGGAGCCAGAUCAGCCCCCACCACCCCAUGGCCUACCCCAUGGCCUCCGUGAGGUGGCGCUGUCCGGGGCCUUGAAAUUCCAGGCGGGGGGCAGGGGGGCUCCAUCCGUUGGCCGGGGGUCUGGUGGGAGGUUUAUCUUGUAGAUCGAGGUGUGUGCAUUAAGGCAGAAAUGUCAUCUUCGUGCCUGUUGUCCAGGCAAAGAACUUAGGUCAAUGGGAGUGGUUCAGUUCUUCCUGGUCGACUGCCCAGAGCGGCCCAUGCCAGGGUGGACCUUGGUGGCUGUUCCUCUGCGGGCUUCUCGAGCAGGUGGUGACCACUUCCUCAUGCCAGUGUGGGGUGCUGGGCUGUGGGCCUGGGCGGGCACCAGGUCCCCCUCUGCCACCAGCCUGCGGGCACCAGGUCCCCCCUGCCACCAGCCUGCAGGGGCCCACUCAUGCAGGGCCCCCCGCCCCUCGCUGUGAAUGGGCAGGCCUGUGUCUGCGGGCAGGGUGGACACUCGUGGUCAUCAGCACCUCUGAAUGCCUGCAGAAAGUCUGAUGUGCUCUCCGCUUGUCACCGUCACAUCUGUCUCCAUCCCUGGUGCAGUCCAGCCGAUGGCGUGUCCAGACGCGAUGUGAGCCCUGAAGCGACCUGCAGCCCCCGCUCCUGUUGGACCGUCCUGAGACUGGCCCUGCUGGCCUGCACCACGUCCUUCCGCGGGCAGAGCCACCUCUGGCCGGGUAGACGUGCAAUAAAGUUCGCAAAGGUGGCCGGGC